AUCAAAAGAGGCUUCUCAGCCAAAGACGUUGUUACUAUUGCUAUAACAACUUUAGAGGGCCAACAAGGAUCUUGACAGCUUUGCCUUCCACAGUUGUUACACUUUCAUUACUGGCCAGUCCAUUUGUCAAGUGGCAUGUUGGUACAGGGGUGGCUUUUAUAUCAUGGUUAGCAUGCUACACUCCAGAUCAAGUGGUCCAAGUUCUAGUCCUGAUGGGCAUCAUGGCAUUGUGUUCUUGAGCAAGACACUUUACACUCACACGGCCUUCUCCAUCCAGGUGUUUUUAAAUGGUACCUACAAAUGUAAUGCUGGCAGUAACCCUGUGAUGGACUUGCCUCCCAUCUAGGGGGAAGUAGAAAUACUCCUAGUCACGUCAUGGAACAAAAACUGGAAUAAGCUCUGGCAGCUGUAUGGACCACUGCCCUGAUACAGACUUCACCUUUUUUUAUUUGGCAAUAGUAUGGUGCAUGCUGUAAAACCAGGAAGAGCCACCAGAGAGUCUUCUGCAGAAUUGUUUUGAUAGGAAACUGUAUCUGUUAUCUCUUACCUUAUGUGCACAAAAAGUCUCACACCAGCCUGUGUAAAACUUUGAUCUUUGCUGUCUCAUGAGUACAAAUGUACAUGUAUGCAUGGGUUACUUUUAGCUCUUAUUCAAGAUAAUCAUCAGGUGGUGUAUCACAUUACUUAAGUGUCACUACUGUUAAGCUAUUUCACAUUAUUUACACAUUGUUAACCUGCUUGGUACAUUGAUAGUAUUCAUAAGUAGAGUAAGUGACUUUUGGUAUUGUCCUGGUAAUGUGGUUUGUUGGUUGUUAAAUAAAAUUCGGUACAGUAAAAACAAUGAAAGGAGUUUGAUGAUCUUCACUAUUAUUGUACAGUGUGCAUGUGUGUGUGUGUUUUUUUUCAGGAUUUUCCUUGCACAAAUGCAGGAAUUGGCUCCAAUCUCACCAAAUCGGGUACGGUGGAAUGUGAUGCAAGUAUCAUGGAUGGACAGUCCUUGACAUUUGGAGCUGUUGGUGCUUUAAAAGGAGUGAGGAAUCCCAUCCAAGUAGCUAGUAAAGUGUUAGAAGAAGAAAUGAAAGGAUCGUCAACCUUGGGUCUCAUUCCUCCAAUUUUUCUUGCAGGAGAAGGAGCAUUUCAAUGGGCAAUGGAACAUGGUUUAACCACAUGUCCUGAUGGAGACUUGAUAACAGAGAGAAGCACCCAAACAUGGCAGAAGUGCAAAGCCAGGCUUCAGUCAUCGCAGAGUGCUGUACAUGAACACAAAAGAUGUCGGCUAGAAAACCUUUGUGAUUUGUCAAAUGAAGAUGACAAUAUGGAUACUGUUGGCGCAGUGUGUAUGGAUACACAUGGGCAUCUCUGUGCUGGUGUGUCUAGUGGUGGUGUGGUUUACAAAACACCUGGUCGUAUUGGUCAGGCAGCUGUGUAUGGCAGUGGUUGCUGGGCAACAACACUUGAAGCUAACCAAGUGGGUGUGGCCUGCUGUACAUCAGGUUGUGGAGAGUACUUGAUUAAGACCAUGCUGGCAAACGAAUGUGCAACGUUGGCUUUAACGAAGGAUGCAGUCAGUGCUGUUCAACAGGGACUUGGUGACAGAUUUUUAGGUUCAACUUUCCUUUCAUCAGUGGAAAAGAAAUUAGGAGGGGUGUUGCUGCUACGAGUGGAGGGAGGGGCUGAGGGUGCGAAUGACUGUACUGUUGAUCUGGUCUGGGGUCACACCACACAGAGCAUGUGCAUUGGCUACAUGGCAGAACAAGAUGAAAAACCAAAGGUGCGGUUGUCUCGCAUAGAGAAAGGACAGCAAGAUCCACUGUUAGUUGAGGGCACGGUCUACAGGUUACCUCAUCGAUGACGUUUGUGCUUCUAAUCAAAUGAAAUUAGAAGUCGGGACAUCUGAUUGUUCAUCUGCGAAUGUUCUUUUAUAAAGCACUUUGUUGCAAAGUAACAUCGAUCAAGAACGCCAAGUCGCUGGUGUUAAGCUUUCGCUCAUUUUCCCCGUUUUCAAAGCCAAGCAAACUCGAACGUGUAACGCAACUCGUAAUCGCCUUUCCGACCACUGGUCACGGGGUCUGGGUACGAGAUUAAAACAAGCUCUCAAGGUUCGCUUGUUUCGUAAAGCUUACUCGGUAAGAACGAAGACAAGAUUAGAAACAAAGGAGAAUAUUGGAAAUUCGUUCUUUGGAGAGUUAUUCUAAAUCUAGGUAGAAUACUCAAUUUUAUGUACAACAUAAUAUCUGAUAUCAGGUGGUACAAAUUGUAAUUAGAGGUGUGAAUUUUGACCAUCAAAUCGAAGUGAGUGGUUUUCUUGUCAUGUCUAUUUUAUCACGCCAUAUUAUUUUCGGCAUGCGAAUGGAAGUUUCAAUUUUAAUGCCGACUGCAGACAAACGACAGGAAAAUAGUGAAUAUUUUCUAUCCCAACAGAUGAAUUGUCUUAACUGGCCUCCAGUUUUUUGUUUUGUUUUGUUUUGUUUUGUUUUUUUUCAUACGAGUAGUAUGAGAGGCAUCAUAUGAGGAAUUACAAUAUAGCUGGUGGAUGCCGAUUUGUGUUUUUUCCAGCGAAAACACCA